AUGGGAAUGUCAAAACGGUCAAAACUCAUUAAGUCUCUUCUUUUUCAAUGGCAACAACGCACAAAUCCUGCUUCUGCUAAGAAAUCGAGAAACAACAGAAAAACCUUGAAGCAGAAGAAUAAGAUCGUAGAGUUACCAUUGUUAUCGCCAGCCAAGGGGAAAGAAACAAAGUCAUACGAGAAAGAUCUGAUGGAGAUGCAGAUGAUGUUGGUGAAGAUGAAGAUCGAGAAGGAGAAAACAGAGGAUCUGCUAAAGGAGAAGCACGAGCUUCUGAAGAAAAAGGAAGAGGAACUCGAAACAAGAGACGUGGAACAAGAGAAGCUUAAGGUGGAGCUGAAGAAACUUCAACAGAUGAAGGAGUUCAAGCCUAACAUGCAUUUCGCUUUCUAUCAAUGUUCGACAAACAGAAGAAGAGAAGAAGGGGAAGAAGAAGGAUUGGCCUGA